AUUUGACGAAACAUCAUGAGUAGCGCCGCGGAACAACUCGACACGGUGAUCGCCACCUUGGAAUCCAACUUGGGUCUGGCGCCCAACGAACCCGUGGACAAACCCAAGUCCCCCAAGGCCCAAGCACCGGCCAAGCGGGAAAAGAAGGAGAAGAAGGAAAAGGCGCCCGUUGCCGCCGCGGCCCCCGCCGAGGAGCAGGCGGAGAUCACCAAGUUGGACAUUCGUGUGGGCAAGAUUGUCAACGUGUGGAAGCACGAGACGGCCGACAAACUCUACUGCGAAGAAAUCGACGUUGGCGAAGACGCGCCGCGCCAAAUCGCGAGCGGGCUCGUCAAGCAUUACACGCUCGAACAAAUGCAAGGCCGACUCGUCCUCGUCAUGUGUAACCUCAAGGCGCGCAACUUGGUCGGGUUCAAGAGCCACGGCAUGGUGCUGUGCGCGGUGGCGACCAACGCCGACGGGUCGGAGAGCGUCGCGUUCGUGGAACCCCCCGCCGGCGCCGUCGUCGGCGAACGCGUCACGUACGACGGCGUGACGGGCGGCGAGCCGUGGACGCCUGCGCAGGUGGAGAAGAAAAAAGUGUUGGUCUCUGCCGGCGAGGGCCUCGUGUCGGAUGCGCAAGGAGUGGCCAAGUGGAACGAUCACGUGAUGCUCACGUCGGCGGGUCCGUGCACAUCGCCGUCGAUUCGCAGCGGCAUUUUGAGAUGAAAAACCCAACCACCACCACCACUCGGCUAAUGAAGACAUAAUAUGGACGUCUGUAGCACUGGACAGCAUUGGAAGAAGGAUGCAUAAAGAAUGGAGGUGUAAGCUACUGGCACGGUGAUGAUGUCGACGACGGUGGAAGACGAUGGUGCUGGCGGUAGUGGGGAGAGUGCAUCAACGGGUGGUUGACCUGGUCGUCUAUGGCGAGUUGGUCACGUAGAGCAUGUGUGAGCUGGUCUCGCAUGUGACUCGAGGCCGUGGGCAGCAAAAAACCCGCGCUUUUCGGUCGAUGGGGGCUACCCGACGUCGAUGAUGUUGAUGAAUGUCGUCGGUCUUGCUGGAAGCGCAUACUUAUAUGAUUAAACGGCGGCUGAAUAGAAUGAUGGGGAAGGUUGGGAUGGUUGUCGGGAGUGUGGUGGCGUUGCCCGCGACGAAGGUUCGAUGCAGGGGACGACGGUAGCGUCGUGGACUUGGCGGCGGCUGUAGAAGCGGUGGCCGGUCGCAAGGGGUUGGUUGUGGGGACAAGGUCGUCGUGUUUGAGAGCAGUGCCA